AUGCUCUCUGCAUAUGGGGCCUGCGAGCAGAGAAGCUACAAGGGGCCCUCAGCUGUGUACCGAGAGCUCGUCCGCUAUCUGAGAGCCGUGACCAGCUCAGAGAGAAUCAGGCUCCAGGAUCUUCAUGACAAGGUCCCUUUCUACCUCUGCAAGACCGGAGACUUCGUAGGUGCUGUGGAGGCGCUGCUGGCACCCACCAGCCAGGCCUGCUGCCCUGCCUGCCGGCUCACGCCCUCCAACUUCCAGUACUACCUUAAGAUGCUCUGGACCAGCAGCGUUCCCACAGGCAACCAACUGCAGGGCGCAGACCAGUGGGUGUUCAAAGGAGGUGAGACUCCCCCAGUCCCUACUAUGCUCCCUGCAGGUGAGACCGCUCAGAUCCGUCAGCUCUAUGUGCCCACAGGCUCCCUGGUGAAACCCUAUAUGCUGGUGAAGCAGGCCCUGCGCAUGCUCUAUCGCAACCCAACCCUGUACCAAGAUAUACAGAGCUGGGGCUUCCUGCUUGCCCUGUGGGGCAGCAGCUCUGCUCUGGGACCCAACGGCCUGACCCGCCAGGCCCUGCAAGUGCCCCCACCCUCCUUCCAGACGAUGGUCCUGACAGCUGGCGACACCAUCCUGCGUGACCUAAGUAGCCAAGUGACACCUGUCCUGCCUGCCCACCUCUUCAACUCCUCUCUGUGCCGAGAGGCCUGCCUGAUUCUCUGCAUCCAGGCCACUGUCCAGAUGCUGCUGGCCCAGCUGCCCCAGCUUCCACCGCUGCUCAGCCUCAUCUUGGACCUUGGGGAGAACUUGUGGGCACUGGAACUGCUGCUGGAGAGCAUCCAGCACAGAGCCCCUGACAUGGUGGACAUGGUCAGACAGGAGUUAAGUGACCAGCAGUGCGUCCUCUUGGAGGCGUGGCAGGCACUGGGCCCCAACUACGUGGGUGAACUGCUCUGCCUACUCCUGGGCUCCAGGGUGCCAGAGCUACAGGCUCUCGGUGUCGCCCUCAUCCACCUGGUGGCCAGAAACCUGAACCGGUGUCCCUGGGCAAAGUUGCUGGACCUGCAGCGUCUCAGAGUAAGUGUCCAUCCACCCGGGGCUGCCCUGAAGGGCUCAGGCGGCCACGUUGCCCACAUCCGCCUUACCGCAGACCUUCAAGAGCCCACACCUGGGAAUGGCUGAGCACCUCCAGCUGAGCCAGAUCCUGGCCAUCAUAGAGAGCACGUGAUUUGCAGAGGGAGAAUGAGUGGACCGCGAGCCCUGGCCCCAAAUAGGGGACCCCGUCCUCCUGGACUCGGUGCCUGUGCAUGCACACGAGUGCCUGAGGACUCUGGAUUCUUGGCAAGAAUAAUGUGAGAGUUAAUUUCCUUGGUGAGUUGCUGUUGAAUAAAGGGAUAUUUUUGUUAUUUC